AUGAUUGUCCGGUCGUCUGCCGCCAGAAACGUGGCCCGCGCGGCCUCCAACGCAGCUUCACGUUCCGCCAACUCCUCAAUCGCCGCCACCAGCUCCUCCACCCUCCAAUCCCGCCGAUCCUACGCCACCGUUCAAGAAGGACAGCCUCAACAGAGACGCUACGGCGGCUUGAAGGACCAGGACCGGAUAUUCCAAAACCUCUACGGCCACCAUGGCACGGACCUGAAGAGCGCCCAGAAAUACGGCGACUGGUACAAGACCAAGGAAAUCCUGCUAAAGGGUCAUGACUGGUUGAUCAAUGAAAUUAAAGCUUCGGGUUUAAGAGGAAGAGGUGGUGCGGGAUUUCCGAGCGGGUUGAAAUUUUCAUUCAUGAACUUCAAGGGUUGGGAAAACGACAAGAAGCCGCGCUACCUGGUUGUCAAUGCCGACGAAGGCGAGCCAGGGACUUGCAAAGAUCGAGAAAUCAUGCGCAAAGAUCCUCACAAACUCGUCGAGGGCUGCUUGGUGGUUGGUCGCGCCAUGAACGCCACGGCAGCGUACAUCUACAUCCGAGGCGAGUUCUAUCAUGAAGCCACUGUUCUCCAGCGUGCCAUUCAAGAAGCAUACAAAGAAGGCUUGAUUGGCAAGAAUGCCUGUGGCUCAGGAUACGACUUUGACGUCUACUUACACCGAGGCAUGGGCGCAUAUGUGUGUGGAGAAGAGACUUCGCUCAUCGAAUCUCUCGAAGGAAAGGCUGGAAAGCCUCGUCUCAAACCUCCCUUCCCUGCAGCUGUCGGUCUUUUCGGAUGCCCUUCUACCGUCACCAACGUCGAAACAGUGGCAGUUUGCCCCACCAUCGCUCGACGGGGUGCGAAAUGGUUCGCCAGCUUUGGUCGCGAGCGCAACCAGGGCACCAAACUGUUCUGUAUAUCUGGACACGUCAAUAACCCAUGCACCGUCGAGGAGGAGAUGUCUAUUCCUCUCCGAGAAUUGAUUGAGAAACACUGCGGCGGUGUCCGCGGCGGCUGGGAUAACUUACAAGCCAUCAUUCCUGGUGGUUCAUCGACGCCCAUUCUGCCCAAACACGUCUGCGACGAUCAAUUGAUGGACUUUGACGCCUUGAAGGAUAGCCAGUCCGGUCUGGGCACGGCGGCGGUGAUUGUGAUGGAUAAAUCUGCCGAUGUGGUAAGGAUGAUUGCCAGAUUGAGCGCUUUCUACAAGCACGAGAGUUGCGGGCAAUGCACACCCUGUCGAGAGGGAAGUGCAUGGACAGCGAAGAUUAUGGAGAGAUUUGAAAAGGGUCAGGCAAGAGCGAGAGAGAUUGAUAUGAUGCAAGAACUCACGAAGCAAGUUGAGGGGCACAGUAUUUGCGCUCUGGGCGAAGCGUUCGCAUGGCCUAUUCAAGGUCUCAUUCGCCAUUUCCGGCCCCAGCUCGAAGCACGCAUCAAGGAAUACACAAAGGCUGCCGGUGGCGAGGCUCACGCGGGUGGAUGGGAGCCUGACGCUGGGAAGAAAGGGCUGCUAAUCGCACCUGGACAGUAA